AACACCCACACGCUUUGAUUCACGACAUGCUCUUUCGCGGUGCCCUCUCUUGAUAAUUAUAUUGGUCUGCGCUAUGUUCACGUUCUUCUUCUGCACCGCCCACAGCCGUCCUCCCCUUCGCCGAUAAAGGAUCGUCCCCGCACCGCGAACCCUCCGGCGCCUCCGCAAACGACAUGGCCGGCGCACGAGGUAGGCUCCGUAAAUCUACGACAGCAGCUACACCGCGGCGAUUGACCCGACGCGCAAAGGCGUCGCAAGAAGAUGCAGAUGUACCAGACGUCUUCCAGGAUCUGAUCUUUGAGGAGCAGGCCUCAAAAGCCGCAGGUCCAGACGAGGACUCGCGGCCGCUGAAGAAGAGGAGAAUAACUCGGCCCACAAGCCAAAGACAUUCAAGCCCUACGCCAGAGCCAGAGCUGCCAGAAUCCCAGGAGUACCGAGCAGCCAUCAGGGUAUCGUCGCAAGCGCAAUCUAGCACUCGGUCACAGUUCCAUGCGCCAGCGCAAUCCAGUACACAAGCACAGGUGCAAGUACCCGAUACGGGAAAUCCCGAUGAUGCAGGAAACAAUAGCCAUGUCCGACAGACCAUUAUAGACUCCGACGAGUCCGACGACAGUGAUAUGGAGUGGGAGGAUGCGCUAGCAGAGGGCAAUGACACCGAUGAUCUGGAUGACGGCCGAGACAACGAGCCAGAGAUAGGCGAUAUAUCCAUCACAAUUGGAGCUGUCAGUGGCGAGGAGACGAAGCCUAAGAAGCAAGUUCGUAGACGGGCAAUAACAUCUGUGGAGAAGAAGCGGAGGCUCGACGUUCACAAAAUGCACCUUCUCUGUCUGUUGUAUCACGUCCAUCGAAGGAAUGCCUGGUGCAACGACGAAAGAGUGCAAGCGGUCCUGCGAAAAUUGCCGUCGCCAAAGACUCUGUCCAACCUAGUGCCGAAUCCUGAGGCCAAUCAAUACCAAUCAUCAAAGCGCUUUAUGGAUGGUAUGAACGAACUUAAGCUGUUCUGGUCGAAGCGUUUCAAUGUGACAGCCCAGGGUAUGUACAAGCCACGAUGGGCGGACGCGGAUGCGGAUGCGCGACCUUUCUCCGACUUUGAUGAGCUCGACGAUCCCAUGGACCUGGACGACUUUCGGAAAGCUGCCUCUAGACUGGAGGGUUCGCAGGACGUGGGCGCGCAGCUGUUCUGCGCUAUGCUUCGCGGUAUUGGAGUGGAGGCUCGCCUGGUGUGUUCUCUUCAAUGUCUACCUUUUGCAUCCGCCGCCCAACCUUCGACUCCCCAAAAGCCAGGCGCGCAGAAGAGCACCAUUAUUCUCGAUCCAUAUAAUAAAGAGCAGGGCUCCAGCCCGUUAAAACGAAAGGCAAACGUACCAUCUCGUCCAAAGCGCCUGUCACGGCUCGAAAGAGCGUUAGGCGAGCGACAUCCGGUGCUGAACGCUGGUGUUGCCCCGAAACCAAAGAAGACGUACCACGCUGCGUAUCCUGUUUACUGGGUGGAAGUGUUCAAUUCUGCGCACCAGAAGUGGGUACCUAUCGAUCCUUUAUCGACUUUCACGGUGAACGCGCCCGAGAAGUUUGAGCCUCCGUUGAGCUUCGCUCAGAACAGCCUGGCCUAUGCAAUAGCGUUUGAGGACGACUAUACAGCAAAAGAUGUCACUCGACGUUAUGCUAAGUCGUACAAUGCGAAGACACGGAGAUUCAGAGUCGAGAGUACACCUCAUGGGGACGAGUGGUGGAAGCGAGCGCUGAAGUUCUUCAAACGCUCAAGGAAGCUCGACAGGGACCAAGUCGAGGAUGCGGCUCUCGCGCGCAAGGAAGCAGCAGAGGGUAUACCGAAGAACGUCCAGGAUUUCAAGGAUCACCCCGUUUACGUCCUUGAGCGGCAUCUUAGGCACAACGAAGUCAUCCACCCCAUGAAUCAAGUGGGCAAAGUGAACGUUGGUACUGCCAUGAAUCCGAAAAUGGAACCGAUCUAUCGGCGGAGGGAUGUUCACAUCGUGCGAAGCGCCGACAAAUGGUACCGACUCGGUCGAGAUGUUCAAGACGGAGAGCAGCCGUUGAAGCAUGCGAAGCCUAAGAAGGGCCGACGCUUGUCCUUCGGACCUGACAUGGAUAUUGAAGAUCAGCAAGAGCAAAUUGGUGCCGGUCUCUACGCCGAAUUUCAGACUGAGCUUUAUGCUCCUCCUCCCGUGGUCCGAGGCCGUGUGCCGCGCAAUGCCUUCGGCAACCUUGACCUUUACGUUCCAUCAAUGUGCCCAGCAGGUGGCGUCCACAUUCGGCACAAACUCGCAUCCAAGGCUGCCCGCAUUGUUGGCGUCGACUGUGCCGAUGCAGUCACUGGAUUCUCUUUCAAAGGGCGCCAUGGCACUGCAAUCAUACAGGGUGUUGUAGUCGCUCAAGAGGCUGCAGAAGCCGUCGAGGCUGUUAUCGAUGCGAUGGAGCACGCACAAGAGGAGGCUGAGCAUUCGCAGCGCCGAUCAGAAGCGCUACGUAUGUGGAGGCGGUUCUACCUGGGUCUGCGCAUCGCGCAGAGGGUCAACGCUAUUGAGAUCGAUGGUGAGGCCGGGCCUACUAUCAACGUUCAAGAAGAAAUAGAGCGAGAAGAUAAAGAGUUCGCAGAGAAGGAGUUCGCCGGCGGUUUCUUUCCAGACGAAGGCGACACUACAGAACCCCCAGCGCGGGUCUACCGCCCACCAGUCGUCCCGGACGAGGAGGAUGAGGAAGGUGGUGGGUUCAUCCCUGAGGAUGCUGAGCAGGGCAAUGGGUUUGUUCCAGAUGACUCUCACACUUUCGGCAGCUCUAUUCUUGCGGAGCAGCAACUUCUUCCGCGACGGACGAGCAGCUUCGGCGGUGGUUUCAUGCUGGAAGAAAACAACGAAGAGGGAGGGGGCUUCGUCCGCGAGCCUAGCCCACCUGAGCCCGGCCCUUCGACGCGGAGUGACCCUAUUGUAGGAGGGUUCGUCCCAGACGAUGAACUUGCAGAAGGCAGUGGAGGGGGUUUCAUACCUGAAUCUGGGCCGGUAAUUGACCUUGCAGGAGGCUUCCUUCCCGACGAAGCCAAUGCAAGUAAGGCAGAUGAUGUCCAUUCGCAAGAGCAGAGCCCAGACGUCCACCAUGAUACGACAGUAGAAAUGAACGAGAACAUGCAGCAGCCCGACGAAGCCGAGGCUACCGCAACACAACGAAGCCCCGUCGCCUCAGAAGAAGCAAAAGUCACGGUGCCUCAGAAACUAUCACCUCCGCCAUCAUCGGCGUCGGCAUCAACAUCGGCAUCAGACGCCGGUUCAUUGCUUAUGGAAGAUCCGGAGGAUGAAGACGCGGAUCCGGACUGGUUGGUGGACGCUACGUAGCACAUACUGUAGAGUAGAGGAGUGAUUUUGAAUAUAUGUGGUUGAUAUCCG